GGCAACACGUACACGCGGACUGAUCUAAUUUUUAUAUAGUUAAUCCAAUUCGGUGAACCAGAUCACGAUGAAGACUUUGCUGGUUACCCUAGCCGGUCUUGUAUUAGUUUCAGGUCAGGAAUUCCAAUGUCCCGACAAGAAUGGCUUCUUCCCGGAUCAAUACCAGUGUGACCUUUAUUAUAAAUGCAGCAAAGGCAAAGCGGAAGAGAAACUAUGCCCUGAUGGUCUCGUGUUCUCUGAUGAAAACCCCAAUAAAGAACGAUGCGACAUCCCUUCCAACGUAGACUGCGGUGACAGAAAGGAACUUCAGGAUCCAAAACCGACAAAAGGCUGCCCUCGUCAGAAUGGAUAUUUCAAGCAUCCUGAUCCACAGGCUUGUGACAAAUUCUACUACUGCUCUGACGGAGUUCCCCACGAGCUUCCCUGCCCGCCCGGUCUGUUCUUCGACGAAGAAACAUCCAACUGCGACUGGAAGGAGUACGUGCAGCGCACUUGCGAACACGUUACAAAGGACGUUCUCGACGACGGUUUUUCAUGUCCUGAUGGCGAGGUAAUGGGUCCCAACGGCCGAGCUUUGCCCCACCCCACUUUUCCUCACCCUGAGGACUGCCAGAAGUUCUACAUCUGCCGCAAUGGCGUCCAGCCACAGAAAGGCAGUUGCCCCUCUGGCAAAGUCUACAAUGAGGACACCUUCAUGUGCGAUAACCCUGAGAAGGUGCCGGGAUGCGAAAACUACUACGAGGGUCAGCCGUUAGAGAAGAGCAAAGUUCCCAAGAAAGCGUAAAGUGAUAUGUAUUGAUAAUAUUUAGUUUGUAAAACGAAAUAAUUAAAU